AUGUCACAAAAUUUCAGCUUUGAAGAGUUUAAUUGUUUGCAUUUGCCGUUAAAGGAAUUCAUUUAUGGUAACUUAUUUGCUUAUGAGGAGUUAUCCGGUGCUGUUAAAGAGAGAUAUUGUCAUGACGAUGAUGAUUAUAAGAAGUAUAUAGCUCACCUAGCAACUUAUUUUAAUAAUAAGCUUGAGCUAUGUAGUCCUGAUCAUAAUACCAAAAUCUCUAAUAGAGUGAUUAAUGAGUUGCCAUGGUUACUAGAGAAACUUGGAGAUAUUGACAGAUUAAAGAAAUGUCUUCUACAUCUAGCUGUGUUCCUGACUUUGUUCAAAAGUGAAUCUAAAUAUGAUUUAUUUGGUUACUGGAAUUCAACUGAACUGUCAGGAGAAGAGAUAUCCUCACUUUAUAUGAAAUCUAUUGAUCAGCAACUUGUGAAUAUGUAUUUAGAGCAACUUGAAUCAUCAGAAACACCAGAUCAUCCCCCAGCAAAGAAGCUGGUGUCAAUUGUGUACAAGAUUGUUGAGUUUCUCUACGAAGCAGGAUAUUUGAUAGGUACAAUACCAUUAUUGAAAAGAGCAAGGCAGAUGCAUAUUUAUGCUUUCUCCGGUAAUAACGUGAAUAUUGAUGACUCAGAAUUGUAUUGUAACAUAAUUAAUCAGCUGGCAAUUGUCUAUGUGGAUCUGGAAAACUUUGAUGAAGGUGAGAAAUUACACAAAGAAAAUCUGGAAAUGAAGAAACGUGUUUUUGGUUUAAAAAGUAACGAGUCGUAUAUUGCUACUACUUUGAAUGGGCUUGGUGUCAUAUGUCUACGUCAGAGGAGACUCAAAGAGGCUGAGGAAUAUUUCCAGUCAUCUCUCGAGUUACACAAAUCUGGUGGAAAGCAAGACGCGGUUGCCGAUACAUUGACCAAUAUUGGAAAUGUUAGAUUUCAAAUGAAACAAUAUGAAGAUGGUAAAAAAGUGAUGGAAGAGGCAUUACAGAUUUACGAGAACUUCUACUUUGGUAAUUUACCUCCUGAAGUAGCUGGAGCUAUUAACAAUUUGGCAUUGUGUUAUAAACACUUGGAGCAACUAGAUAAAGCUGAGGAGCUGUACAGGAAGGCAUAUACUAUGACUGUGAAUGCAUUAGGUCCAAGACAUCCUGAUGUCGCUGAAAAACUUAGGAAUUGGGGCGUAUUUGCCGCAUAUAAAAAGAACUAUGAUGCAGCAAUUGACAAAUACAUGAAAGCAUUGGAGAUUUAUAAGGAUACCUUUGGAGAAGAGCAUAUGGAAACACUGUUGACGAUGGAGAACAUCUCAAUUGCAUACAUUGAAUUAAAUAAACACGAAGAGGCUUUGAAAUAUUUCAUGAAAUCAAGUGAGAUUCUUUGCAAAAAAGGACGACUCGAUGUUUCACUGAUGUCACUGAACUGUGCGAUGAUUAACUUUUGUCAUCGAACUGGAAGACAACAUGAGACUCAUAAAAUACUGGAAAGAAUUGUUUAUGCGCCGUGGGCCACCGAUUCAAUGUUCCAUCAUUUGAAUCACCUUGAUCAGCAAAUGCCAGAGAAGGAAAGACCGCAGAGACCGUAUGAAAUGACUUUGGAUUAUGCACUGACAAAAUAUCCGGGUAGUCUUCUCUUAGUACAUACAAAAGCUGAAGACUUUGCUUCUGCUGGGGAUUACCAGCGCACACUGGACAUGUUGCGCAAUUACGACUUCAAGGCGGAGGUCUACUGUGAUAUAUAUGAAACAUUCAACAAGUAUAACCACAAAAAAGAAGGAUUUCAUAUAUUAAGUGAGGGAAACAAAAAAUAUCCUGAACAUGUGCCCCUGUUACAUUUCAUUGGUAUGUGGUAUGCGUUCUACAAAGAUUUUGACAAUGCUGUGGAGUACAUGAUGAAAGCAUUGGAAAUAGAACCCAGUAAUGUACAUACCCUGUUUGACGCUGGUAGAGUGUAUGCAGUAAGUGGCGAUCUGUACAAGGCCAAGGAAAUACUGGAAAGGAAUGUAGAAUUAGCCAAAGAUAGCGAAUUCCCAGAUAUCUUAGAAAGUACAAUUAACUUCCUUGGUGUUGUUAAUGCAAACCUGAAAACAAUAGAAGCCAAGCCAAGCCAAGAAUGA